UAAUGGAUCAAAAACAAAAGGAUAUCAUGAAAAAACUUGACCCAUAUGUGCUGUGAUUGGUUCAUUAACUCUUUGGUACCUAAUUAUUCUUUUAUUAAAAAUCAAUWAAGUCCAAUUGGUCUUUGUUCCCCUCAGUGUGUGCCAAGCAAUUGUGAUCAAAAAGCUUCAUUCCAUGACGUCUUUGCCAUUUGUUGUAAUGCAAGGAUAAUUUUCCGUCUUUAAGACAUUUUUUCUGUCUUUGAUUACACGAAAAUGCUUUUAGACGCUAUUGCUAGAGGUCGUUUGUAUCAGGUCAAGUUUUUACUGGAAUCUGGAUCGGUGAAUGUAAAUGUAACGGAUCACCAUGGACAAACACCGUUAAUGAAGGCAAUUUUACUCAAUGAUAAAAUGUAUCACACAAGAUACAAGAUAGUUCGCCUUCUUCUUAAACACGGUGCUAAAGUAAACUUGACGGACAAGAGCGGGAAAACAGCUCUAAUGUUGGCUGUCAUUCGUGGGCAAAAAGACGUCGCCGAAAAGAUACUUAAAUGUUCUCUUAUGGACAUCGAUUUGAAUGCAGGAGACGACAAAGGUAAUACAGCUUUGAUUCAUGCUGCGUUAGAAGGCCAUGACACUAUUACAAGCAUGCUCAUCGCUUCAUUGAAAAGGUUCAGUCUUGACAUUGACAAGAAAAAUCACCGUGGACUUACUGCCAUGCUAGCAGCACUACGAGGAGGAAGAGAGGACUGCGCUCGAGUCUUAUACUUACAAGGAGAUGCAAGCCUUACAAUUAGGGAUCCUGAUAACUUUAUGAACGCCUCUGAAUGGGCUACYCAUAAUCAAUUAUUUGAUUUCAUAGAAUUAAUUGAGAAAACUAAGCAAGAAACUGCGCCAUUAAACACUCAGAAUUCAACAUGUAAUAGCGCUGAUAUGAUUAGAACAGAGACACCGAGGCUAGARACACCACUGAUGGACUAUGAAUGUACCUCGAGGCCUCAGUCGCCAUGCGACGUCACCAACAGACCAGUCUCACGUAAAAGAAACAGUAGAUUGACAGUUCCUCGAGUCAUGAAUAAUCUCAAGAACCAAGAAGAACCAGUAACAAUAGUAAUAGAUAACUCGAGAGUUCCAUCUCCUAAUGACUCGACUCAAGACAGUCGACAAUUUCUUCAGCCAAGUKUUCCUGCUGCGAAGGAAAAUGGAAGCAUGGAAUCGAGGUCAGAAUCUUGCGUAAAAUCCUCAAGAUCACUUCUUUCAUCAAGAAGGUCAUCUGAACCUCGACUCGGUGUUAAAGCGGGCUCCCAUCAGUCAAAACGAUGUUCAAGUGCGAAAACAGAAAUACAACGAUUGCUUUCAAUAUACGGUGUUCAGAACUCAUUGACUUAUCGUAGAGGGUACGACCCAACCUCCCUUCCUCCAAGUGGAAUGUGGCCGGAUCCCAAUGCAGUGAAUAUCACAGACUCUAUCGAUAAUAUCAGYAUAUUUGGAGAAUCMGACUCUUUCGGUGAAUCGCCAUUUGGUUUUGCUCGACGAUCAGCUCUUUCGAAUGCUUCCUCUCAAUCAAGACGAAUGAGUGUUUUUGGUGCCAACCAGGGAAGGGAGGGGCGAAGAAUGUCAAUCAUUGGACAAGGAAACGCUAAUACCGAUAGACGGACUUCCGUCCUAGGACGUAAAUUCACUAGCGUUCAACCGCCKCCUCAGAGAAAUUUGCUCGAGGCAUUGGGACGAAAACCAGGCGAAAGGAGGAUGUCCAUUGCAGCUCGUCCUAACAUCAUGGAAAGGCCUACAUUGAGAAGGAAUAACACCACACAAAUGAGUCCUCUAGUAGGCUGAUCAUGGAAUAUUUAGCUGACACAAAUAAUCAACUAGCUAAGAAUGAAAAAAUAUGAACAGAAAUUAUGAAUAAAAAUGAAGAGUGCAACGUUAAUGUCUGAAUAGCUAAAUAAUAAUAUGAAUUUCAGAUAUCUUAUGUUGUGGCACCUAAGACAUCUGCAAAUGAAAGUUUGAUAGUCAGUUAUAAACUUGAAAUAAUAAAACACUACUAGCCUGUUAGACUCCCCACAGCCGUUUUCCGGUGUCGUCUCUUAAUCCUCAGUGUGUGCCCCUCCUAGAAAUGCUGUGCAGGCUAACCCCCCCUCCUCUCCCCUGUCAACAAAGCGAUCCCUUGGCCACAGUGAUGUCUUCUGUUGCAUUUGAUGUCAGUAUAAGCUGUUGCUAAUCAACAGCAUUAUCAAAG